AUGACUGCAGGGCUGUGUGUGUGUGUCGUGCUGGCAGUCCUGUGUACAAGCUGUUUGGGGCUCCCUUUCUCCUCCCAGCUCCUUGACGAGGGCCAGCGCUCAAUCUCUGCUCCUUCUGAAGCUCUCCUUGAGGCUGACACCCACACCUUGGGAGAGGCCCACCUCCAGCACAGCCGCUCCGUCCCCCAGCUGAAAGCUCUUCCUCUGGCUGAGGGGGAUGCGGACUCCCGAGCCAACCUCAGCGAGCUGCUGGCGAGGCUCAUCUCCUCCAGGAAAGGCUCUGUGCGCAGAAACUCCACGGCGAACAGCAGAGGCAGCGGGCUGAGUGCCAACCACCGGAUAGCAGACAGGGACUACAUGGGGUGGAUGGAUUUUGGCCGCCGCAGCGCAGAGGAGUACGAGUACUCCUCGUAG